UUUUGAUCAUUUAUCCUAUUGCGCCUUUCACGCCGAAGAGAAUAAAUACAAAAGUUAGGCCACGGCGCUCCGCGAUACUCGUUUCUAUGCGACAAGCCCUCUGGAUACGAGGGCUAGGGCCUCAAAUUCCGCGAUUUCUCUCCGCCAUCAGUUGUCAAUUGCUGUGGAAAUAUUGAUAACUAGCCUCCAAGCAAUCAACGGACAAUAUAUACUUUCGAACGCACAUUGUCUGUGGCUUUUUUCUUCCCUGGCCCAGCUCCGGAAUUUUUCAACAGAUAAUACCCCACUGCAAGACUCAGUUGUCAACCCAGGCUAUUCAUGCCGUUCACCUGCGUGACGGAUCGAGUCUUUUACGGGUUUCCUCAUUUUCUAGGAAGGGAAAAAAUAGUGGUCGCGCACCGUUUUGAUAUCGCAGUUGCCAACACAAAAAGAUUCGCAGAGGAAGUGAAGGAGCCAAGGAAAGAAGACAAAGCAAAGAAAGCAAGAAAGAAAGAAAGAAGGAAGGAAGGAUUGAGAAGAAAGAAAAGCUGCAAAAGCAAGUCGCAUCAAUAAGAAUCGAAAUUGCGUGGUGGCAAACUCAUAUACGCCUUUACUCGACCGAUCUGUCCCUUACUCACUCAUAUAUCUCGCUCCUUUCUCCUUCAGCCAGCCGACUCUUGCGCUGUGGUGGUUGUUAAUCACUGAACCUUUUGGGAAUGGAAACUCUGGAGUUAACACUUGAGGCUUUCAAUUUGCAGGCCUCUCCUUCCUCGACCACAUCUCCAACGGCUAGCAGGGCCAGUUGCUCGUGCCCGUGCCGAAACCCCAAGAUCCGAACCUCAGCCCAACUUGGCCUGUCUCCCCGCUGGCUGUUGGACCACUCGAUUCUCCAGCAUCAUUCCCAGCAUCUGCUGCAUGGUCCUUCUUGCUCUGCGGAGCGGCUGUAUUCCCGAUUGGAUUGCGCGCCGUGCUGCCUGCCGUAUCCGGUGUCUUGUUAAUUCCUUCUGUGUCCACGUAUAAACUCACCCGGGGGAGUGUUUGCGUUUUUGCUGUUGCUGUUGUUGUUGUUGCUGCGAUAUCCCCUACUCUCUUCCUCGAUAUUCAAUUUUAUCUCACGAGGUAUAUAAGCAUUUUCCUCGUCACAGCUUUCAGGGGGAGUUGUACCCCAUCCUUCGAAUUGCAUGUCACAUCCAGAUCCUGCAUCUUUCACGUUUUGGUUGAGCUGCACCUGCUCCAUCCUAAGUUUGCGGCUCCUUUCAUGCAUUGCAAUGCUGUAUCGGAGUUGAUUUCAAUCCGUGAAAGAGACAAACGGAUCGCGUAGUGCAUAGGAGAAGCGGCCCCAGAAGAAAGUCACUUACGAGGUCUUACAAACUGGUAUUGGCAAUUAGGAGGAAGGCGGCAACAACCAACUUAAAGUGAUUGUUGCAGUAUAAUACUCUUCAAUCAUACGCCAUUUCAUUUUUAAGGACUUUCAUUGAGGGGAGACUGGUUGCUUUAUUGGGUCAUCUGUUUCCAUCAAUCGUCGAUUCCUGAUGGUCGGCUUAAUCUUGGUUUUUGCCUUUUCUGCUUUUAUAUUUAUCGUGACUUUCGCGUGUCGACAUCAACAGCCAUCUGCAUCGCGCACUCCAAUGCAACGAAACCUUGGAAUGAAAAAACAAGGCCCAAAGCCGUGGCGCGGCAACUUAAUAGGAGCUGUCCCCCUAAAAUCAGAUAGCACCACGUCCCAAACAACAUCUAUAACAUCACAUACUUUCCGGGAACUCUUUCCUCGCGCUCGACCGUUCUAUCUAGCCGAAGGCGGUGCGAAUAUAGUCUACAAGUUUACGAUACAAAAUGAACAUGCUCCCUCAAUUACGACAAAUGGGGGUGGUCAACAGCGCGAUAACAGGAAAUUGCUGCGGUUGCGGAAGCAAAUCAAGUCUGCUACUCCUUACGCAGACACUGUGAAUAACUUUGAUAGCUACAUAAAACCUAUGUUUGAUAACCACGAAUUGAUUGACCAGGAGCUUGUCAGACUACCAAAAGGAUUCAUAGCAUAUUGCAAUGAACAGCUUCGUGUGGAUGAAGCUCGCAAUUUGCGCCCGAAAGAACGCUAUGGUGUUUAUUUAUCCACCAAGGAGCCCUUCGGUUUAAUGAUCACUGACAUGACCCCCGUCACAGGGUCAGGAGAAUGCUUGUGGGAAUUCAAACCAAAGUGGCUGCUUCAGUCGCCAUCAGCGCCGCCCGAUGCAAAAAGAUGCAGGACUUGUGCGUUACGCGAGAUGAAAAACUUCAAUGCACGAAAAGCUGGCAACUCUGAAAAGCAAUCAUUCUGUCCGCUUGAUUUGGUUUCGGAUAACUUUGAAGAUGUAUUACGUGCGACACGGUUUAUCCGUGGAGGUCACGGGAGAGAGCGUGUCGCCGCGUUCUUGCAUCGAAAUAGCACCCUGCUUAAACUGCAAGAGUGUCAGCGCCAGAUGAAUGCAGUAGGCCUCCCUGGUUUACAGGCAAAUUUUCGGGAGCGUGCUAUUUCCAUGACGCUGAGGGAUUGCACCAUGUUUGUUAAGGUUCCACUCGACGAACUUCAACCACUCGAAGCGCGCUUGGGAGAUCUUGAUUUCAAGAGUGGAAUCGGCGGGAAACUGCAGUAUUGGCGAGAGACGGAAAGUCGACUCAUUGAAGGCGGGUGGUAUAGCGGCACUCAUCCGGACCAAAAAUCUAGCGAAUGCUCAUUACAGGGUCUGCGAGGUGGCUUCCCUGCGCUUGCGGAGAGGGAAACAUAA